CGUACGCUAUUUAGUCAGCAAAAUGAACAAGGAGGAGAUAGACCGUCUGCUGAGCACCCCAUCAGAUAUGCGCUCCUGCCGACACGUAGGGCUGUCGGAGAAAGUGGCGCAGUUCAACAAACAGGCGGACCAGCACCGCGACAGGCAAGCCAGGAACCCGUUCAGUACUGCUGAGGGAGCGACACUCGAUAAGCCUAAACUUGACAAGACCGACCCAAAUUACGGCAGGCCAGUAGCUGGUUCAAAGACAGACAUACGAGGCAAGAGAGCAUACACACACAUCAGCAGAGAGGUCCUACAGUUGUGUCAAAUUAUAUAUGAGAAUGGUGAACCAAUAGAAGAGAUGACAGAGGAUGGACGUAACCAGAUAGUUAUCAGUUUUGGGGAGCUGUUUCAGAUCUACACAGGUAUUUCAAAUAAGGUUGUUGGAGUGCUUCUCCGUGCAAGAAAACACAAGUUUGUUGAUUUUGAAGGUGAAACACUCUUUCAGAGACGAGAUGAUGAUGUUCCUAUCAUACUACGAAAGUCACUAUCAGAAAUUGGGGAAAUAUUCCAGGCUCAAAUGGAAAAGGUGGCACAGGAUCGUCUUGAUGACAACUGACUGUCUUGUCUGGAAAUUACAAACUGCAACACUUGUAUAACCUAGAGGUUGCCUAUAUUGCUGAUUGGUACACAGUUUGAAGAUCCUGUCACAGUUGUUACCAUUGAUGCUACAUGGAGUAGAUAAAAAUUUCAUGAGCAAGAAAGUGUACUUCAUAAUAAAGAAACAAAAUUGUCACAUUCCCUGCUUUGAUCCAAAAUAUUCAAAACUUCAGAAUCUCAUGCACCAUUUAUUUGUUUGUAAAGGAAAUUUGCCAUUUCAGAAUGAUCCCACUGUAUGGCUAAUUUGUACACUAAUGUAAGGUACAGAUGGAGUAACAUGUAUGGGCUUAAGUUCCUAUUAGGUUUUAUUCAUUUUAUGUCUUGUGUACAGAACACCUAGCAAUUUCAUAUGCCAUGACAAGAUUUUUUUAUUUCUAUCAUCACUGCUAUUGUAUCAUAUGGUGCUUUAGUUCUGACUCCAGUUCUUUCCUCACAUUCUUGUCCUUCCUUCUCAUAAAAACUGUUCUAUUUUGUACAUGAAUGAGUGUAUGAGGGGUAGGCCUCCUCAGCCCUUGCACUGCGACCUACAGUGGUCUAUUGUGCUUUAUUUUGUAUAUACUCUUAUAUGAAUAAACCAAGACUUAGAUCAGAUGA